AUGGCACUUCAAGAGUCCCAGCACGAGGGUAACUCUCCGCCCCCAGACUCGGAGCCCAUUAUCCAGAUCCAAGAUGCCAUCGCUGCAGGUGACGACGACGAUGCCGACUCCUCAAUUGGCGAGGAAGUAGAGCCAUCGGUUGUUUCAAUCUCUUCGAGUAUUUUGGCUUAUCGACAGGAAAAUGGUCGCAGCUAUCAUGCUUUGAGCAGCGGGAAAUAUGUCCUGCCGAAUGACGAAGUAGACUUGCAACACGAGCUUUAUGUUCGAACGCUCGACGGAGACCUCGCUGUAUGUCCCAAAGCGAAAGGCGCGAAUCGUGUCCUCGACAUGGGAACAGGCACUGGCUCAUGGGCGAUUGACUACGCGGAUGCAAACCCUCAAGCAGAGGUCAUCGGCGUCGACCUGAGUCCAAUCCAACCAGCUCUCGUCCCUCCCAACGUUAGCUUCGAAAUAGAUGACCUCGAGAAAGAAUGGACAUGGACCAAGAAAUUCGACUUCAUCUUCGCCCGCAUGAUGCUCGGCUGCUUCACUGACUUCCCCCAAAUCGUCAAAGUCGCCUUUGACAACCUCGAGCCCGGCGGCUAUCUCGAACUCCAAGACAUGUCCCUCCCCGCACGCUCCGACGACGGGACCCUCCACCCAGAAAGCUAUCUCUCCAAGUGGUGCAGAUCCUGCUUCGAAGCUGGUCAGAACCUUGGCCGUCCUGUGUUUCCGACAACUGAGUAUAAGAACUACCUCGCUGCUGCGGGGUUCGUUGACAUCGUUGAGGUGCAGCAGAAGUGGCCGACGAAUCCGUGGCCGAGAGAUAAGAAGUUUAAGGAACUGGGGGCUUGGGCUUGUGCGAAUAUCGCUGGAGGACUGGAUGGGCUGUCGUUGGCGUAUUUCACGAGAGGGCUUGGGUGGUCAACUGAGGAGACGAGGGUGUUUUGUGCGCAUGUGAGAAAGGAUUUGCAGAACCCCAGGAUCCAUGCGUAUUGGCCUAUCUACUUUGUCUAUGGGAGAAAGCCACUUACGCCUGCAGGAUCCCCAUAA